AGUGAACAAACAAGAAUACGCAAGAAGGGAGGAAAUAAAAGCAGUUGGAAUGAAUAAUCGUAACGCAAUAUUGAUUAUUGACCCACAAUUUCCCUGUCUUCAAUACCAACCUACGACGACGCCAUGGUUCAGAUCUCUACUUCCAGUUCGCUUCGACUUCUCCUUUUCUUCUCUUCAUUCUUUCUUCACUCUAUUACAGGUUUAUCUAAUGACGCACCGAGUUCCAAAAAUGACGGUGGGGAUGGUUCAUCAAAAACGAGUAGUGGUGGUACUGGGACCAAGGUGACUAUUGUAUGCAUUGCUGUUGCAGCAGUAGUGCUUUUUUCGUUCUUCCUCUUCAAACUCUGGCAAAAAAAGAAACGAGAAGAACAAUAUGCCCGUCUUCUAAAGUUGUUUGAAGAGGAUGAUGAGCUUGAGGUGGAACUGGGUCUCAGAGACUAAGUGUGAAUUCCUUCACUUACGGAAUUCCAGGAAUUCACUUUUGCGUCUAACCAAUGGUUCCUUCGAAGAUCAAGUUACGAUUUUGAUGACCGUUGGUGUUGACAGCUGAGUUUCCUUGUAGAUUGUUGUAAUUGCAAGCAGAAUCAAAGCUAAAUAUUAUAAUUCAUGAGUAAUUUGUUUACUUAUAGAAAUGUCAGAUGUAAAUCCUAUUGAUUCAAAGUUUUGUAGAGAUCUUGUGAUAUACUGAACAAGUGAGUAAGAAAGAUUUAUGCAAACAAAGUCGCGUUUUUCAUUUC